AUGGUAGAGCCAUCAUGGGAAGAGCUUCUCGGCCAAGACAACUGGCAAAACCUACUAGAACCACUAGACCACUCACUUCGCGGACUCAUCCUUCGAGCCGGUGACUUCUGUCAAGCCACUUACGACACGUUCAUCAACGACCAAAACUCCAUCUACUGUGGAGCCAGCCGUUACGGCAAGCCAUCCUUCUUCCACAAAGUCAUGCUCGACGAUGCUAAACAUUACAAGGUCGUUGCGUUCCUUUACGCAACGGCUCGUGUCAGUGACCACGAAGCCUUCUUUCUCAGCUCCAUGUCUCGCGAGUCUUGGGACCGGGAGACAAAUUGGAUCGGUUAUAUAGCGGUCACGUCUGAUGAACGGACGGCUGAGAUUGGAAGGAGAGAGAUCUACGUUGUGUUUCGAGGGACGACGAGGAAUUACGAGUGGGUUAAUGUGAUGGGAGCGAAGUUGACUUCGGUGAAGGAACUGUUGAUGGACGGUGGAGAUGGUCCUGAGGUUAUGCUUGGAUGGUUCACUAUUUAUACAACGGCUAAUCCAAACUCACCCUUCACCAAGAUGAGUGCACGUUCUCAGCUUCUCACUAGGAUAAGAGAAUUGUUAGAGAUAUACAAGGACGAGAAGCCAAGCAUAGUGUUAACCGGACACAGCCUAGGUGCAACUAUCGCGACUCUCGCAGCGUUUGACUUGGCCGAAAACGUCACAGGCGGCUACAACAACGUGCCUCCGGUGACAGCUAUUGUGUUUGGUUCUCCGAGAGUGGGCAACAAAGAAUUCUCCAACAGAGUCAACGGACAUAACAAUGUGAGGAUAUUGCACGUGAAAAACGAAAUUGAUCUCAUCACUCGCUAUCCAGCUAAGAUAAUGGGCUACGUCAACAUUGGAACCAAACUCAAAAUCGAUACGAGAGUCACACCUUUUCUUAAAGAAACUCAUCAUCCUGUAGCGGGAUGGAACGGGAAGAACGGGAAGUUCGAGUUAAAAGUGAACCGAAACGUAGCAUUGGUUAACAAGUCAUGCGCACUAUUGAAAGAGGAAUGUUUGGUUCCCGAGUGUUGGUGGGUCGAGAAAAACAAAGGCAUGCUCAGGACCGAGAACGGUGAUUGGGUCAUGGCUACUCCCGACGACGAAGACAUGCCUGUCGUCGAGUUUGACUAG